UCUUUUGUGUAUAAUCAUAGGAGCAGAAUUCGUUCCGAGUUAGUGGGAAGUUGAUCAAUCAAAAUCAAAUCUUGUAAAUCAAUUGAAUCUCUCAAUAAACGCAAUACGCUCUUUUCUUUUACUUUCGCUUCUUUCCCUUUCCUCUUUCAGCUCAUCUGAUGGCUUCGGGUUGGUUCCUUCCUUUUGCGGUUGCUCUCUCUUGCUUCUUUGGAUUGCUUCGUGGGAGCCCCGGCGAUGCCGAUUCCGUUUACCAGGCUUGCGUUCAGCAAUGCGAGAAGACUGGAUGUGUCGGGAACAAAUGUUUCCAACACUGUAAUUUUUACUCUAAUGAAAAUUCGACUGAUGGCCCGUGGUAUCUACAGGAGCCACUUUAUAUACAGUGGAAGCAAUGGGACUGCCUCAGUGACUGCCGAUAUCACUGCAUGCUCUCGAGAGAAGAAGAAAGGCAGAAACUUGGCCAAAGACCUGAAAAGUAUCAUGGCAAGUGGCCAAUCGAGCGCAUGUAUGGUAUCCAGGAGCCAGUUUCUGUGGCCCUCUCUGCUCUUAAUCUAGCCGUGCAGUUUCAUGGAUGGGUAUCGUUUUUCAUCCUCGUAAACUAUAAACUACCUUUUACACCAAAAAAGAAAACUUACUAUGACUAUACGGGCCUGUGGCAUGUAUAUGCUAUCUUCGCAAUGAAUUACUGGUUUUGGACCGCAGUUUUCCUCAGUCGAGAUGUUGAGCUGACUGAGAAGCUGCAUUACUCGUCUGCUGUGGCAUUACAGGGAUAUUCCCUUUUUCUAGCUCUAAUACGAGCUUUUGGAGUGAGACUUGAAGCGAUAAGGGUCAUGAUUGCAGCUCCGGUGUUUGGUAUUCUAACAACCCACAUAUUGUUUAUGAACUUCUACGAGUUUGACUACGGAUGGAACGCGAGAGUUUGUGCUGUAAUAAGCGCGCUACAGAUUGCAAUAUGGGCAGUGUGGGCAGCUCAAGCUCGUCAUCCUCAGCGGUGGAAGCUCUGGGUGGUUGUAUUUGGAGGGGCCAUUGCCAUGGUCGUAACACUUUACGACUUCCCCCCCUGGUGGGGGGUCUUGGAUGCUGGCGCUCUUUGGCAUGCAACGAUGAUUCCUCUUAGCUAUCUGUGGUGGAGUUUUGUAAAGGACGACAGCGUGUGGAUGACCUCACUCGCCAUCAACAAAAACAAAUGAAUGCAGAGGAAAUCUUUGUGAAUGUCUCAUAAACACAAUCAUAGGAUGAGAUAGCUCACAAGAGUUUGUAUUUAUUCGUCUUGUUUAUUAUGUAUGGUGCAUAAAGAUCGUGUUGCGUUUUAAUGGAUAAUUAGAGAUGAUUUUUUUUACUGCAAAA